CAAUGGCAGAGUCGGAGCACCCUCGUCUCAUCCUCCACAAAUUUCUCUCCCCUGAUCUCUGUAAGGAGCUUGAAUUCAUACACAAGAGCUGCAGCACUAUCGGAUACAGAAAAAAUGUGUUCUCCACUACGCUUUCUCAUCUCAUUGCCACUAACUCUCCUCAUUUGAUUCUUCCUUUUAUUCCUAUACGUGAGAAGCUCAAAGAGAAAGUGGAAGAAUUUUUUGGCUGUGAAUAUGAGCUCUUUAUCGAAUUCACUGGUUUGAUCAGCUGGAGCAAAGGUGCAAGCAUCAGCUGGCAUAGUGACGAUAACAGGCCAUAUCUCAAGCAACGUGACUAUGCGGCAGUAUGUUAUUUGAAUAGUUAUGGUGUGGAUUUUGGUGGUGGUCUCUUUCACUUCCAGGAUGGCGAACCUACAACUUUCAUUCCCAUGGCUGGUGAUGUUCUGAUUUACACUGCCGACAGCCGGAAUGUUCAUUCUGUUGAAGAGAUUACCAAGGGAGAAAGACUCACUCUUACAUUGUGGUUUACCCGGGAUAAAUCUCAUGAUGAAGAUGUAAAGCUCAUCUCAUUCCUAACCAAAUGUCCAUUUAAUUGCUCCGACCCCAGUCCGAGUGACUACUUACCAUUGCCAGCCUCACAGAACAUGUAUUGGUUUCCGCCUGAACAAUCUUCAACUUACCAGUCAGGAUUUGACAUACGAUUUGCAAGACUACAUGUUCUAGGAUACAAACCUUAUUCCUCAGAUGCAAGUUCCCUCACCAAAAAACAUUCAUCCUCAGAUUUCUCCGACAUACUGCUUGAACCAUUAAGUGUGGUACGAGGAAAUGAGUUAUUUGACAAGGAAUUCGCCAACUUAUCACAUCUACUUCAGAUGGUUCAGUUUUACCAUUGGAAGGCUCCCCAGUUGCAGAGAUCAUCAGAAUUCAAAAUGGAACCCAUCAAAGUGGUGCCAAUUUCUACAUCACACCGGGAGAACAUUUGUCGUUUGACGGUUGAAUUUUUAAAGGAUGAACAUCUAGCAGAGACAAUAUUCCAUUGCAUGAGUUGUGGUGAGAAUGAUUGGGUGAAUUUUUGUGGCACGGUUGAUCUAUGGGAAGCAUAUACAAGUAAGCUAUGGCAUAAGAUGGUUGUGAUCCUACCGAAGUGGGUAGCAAACCAAUCUAUUUUCUAUGAACCCAAUGGUUGGGUUUGAAGGUUAGAAAAUGGGUUAAGUAAGAUAUAAUUGGAAGUAGAAUGUGGUGAAACAGAACAAUUUUGAUGGAGUUGCAUUGUUUGUAGACUUGGGAUUAUGUGAGACGAUAUAAAUAACACUAAACCUUAACAGUGAAACAUUGUGAAGGUGAACCU